CCAACAUCACCACCACCACCCCGCCUCUCCCCACCAGCAACCUCGCAAAAUGGCUGCCGACGAAUCCCUCCAAGCGCCCCUCAACUUCUCGGGCCACCGCCACCUCAUAACGCGGCUCCUCCUCUCCACCCUCACCGGCCGCCCAAUUCGCAUCACAGCCAUCCGCUCCUCGUCGACGAACCCGGGCCUCACACGCCAUGAAACAAACUUCAUCCGCCUACUCGACGCCAUCACAAACGGCUCCCAGAUCCAGUUCAGCAUGACGGGCACCACGCUCGUCUACCGCCCGGGACUCAUCACCGGCUCAGCAGAAGGCCUCGGCGCAUCGGGCGGCGUCAUACGGCACGAGAUUCCACGGGAAUGCGCCAAACGGGGUGUGAGCUGGUGGCUAAUCCCCCUCUGCCUACUCUCGCCCUUCAGCAAAGGCAACGUAAACGUCAUCUUCCACGGCGAAGGCUGCGUAACCUCCUGCACCCAAGCCGGCGACGUCUCCGCAGACACGGUCCGCACCGCGCUCCUCCCGCUCUACAAAUCCUUCGGCAUAGACCGCAGCAUCGAACUGCGCAUCCUCAAGCGCUCCUGCGCCCCCUCCCCCGCCAAAAGCGCAGGCGGCGAAGUCCAACUCGUCUUCAACCACCAAGUCCGCCUGCCCAAAACCCUGCACUUGCUCAACCCAGGCCGCGUCAAGAAAAUCCGCGGCGUGGCGUACUGCGUCGAAGUCCCCAAGACAAACAACGAGCGCAUGAUCUUCGAGGCGAGAGGCAUCCUUAAUAAAUUCGUCCCAGAUACGUACAUUUUCUCCGACGCUUCCCCCGCGCCCCUCAUCCCCACACCCGCGCAGAAGGGCACGCCCGCACAGAAAGUAAAAGGCGCGGUCGGCUUCGGCCUCAGCCUCGUCGCUGAGUCGAGCACGGGAUGCAUAUACUCGGCUGAUGUGUGUUCGCCGCCUGAAGGCGGCGUCCCUGCGGACGACAUCGGGAGGCAGUGCGCGUACCAGCUUCUCGAGAAGAUUUCACAGGGCGGAUGUGUUGAGAGCGUUGCUGCGCCGACGAUCUUGAUGCUCAUGGCUAUGGGUACGGAGGAUGUCGGCCGCGUUGGUCUCGGUAGAGAUGUGCUCGCUACCGAGGAGGUUAUACAGCUCGCGCGCGACUCUAAGGUGUUUGGCGGGAGUGGCUGGGGGUUUCGAGAUGCGGGUGAGGGGAAGGAGGAGGUUGUUGUUAGUGUUGUGGGGCGGGGCGUGGGGAAUGUCGGGAGGAAGGUUGCGUAG